UAUUCAUUUUUUGGGGAGAAAUGGUUGGCCAUUUGCUUUUGUGUAUAUUACUGUUUUUGACCAUACAAGUUAAUGAUGGUGCUAAGCUACCACUUGUUCAAAAGAAAUUCAAGACUCUAAAUGGCGGUCAGCCGGAGGUUGUGGCACUAGGUGGAUACUCUGGAUUCUUCCCUAGCUCAAGCAUGAGUGCUUACGACUUUUCUCACGACGUUAGCAUGCCUGGGACAAUCCAGUAUUGUAACGUACAUUUUUCAAAGGAUAACGUUGGCUUCUGUAUCGCUCAAAUAAAUCUUAUGAACACAACAAGUAUCGAGGAAUACGAUCCUAAAGGAAUUAAGGAGUACAACGUAUAUGGACAACAAGUCCGUGGCUACUUUGGUGUCGACUACCCUGCCAACGUGCUAUUUGAGAAUGUCACGAUACGACAAAACAUUUACACCAGAUCGGGAGUGUACGAUGGUGCUCCACUGGUUGCACCGUUUCAACUUUUCGAAGAUAAGAAAAAGAUACCAACAAGAGUUUGGUUGAACAUUGAGAAUUAUAUGUUCUAUAAGGAUCACAAGAUAGAUGUCGAAUCGUUCCUCCUAAACGAAUUGCCACAUCUUCCAGAGUUCCUCUCUUCCCCAGAGAUAGGAUUUUUGAAGUCUAUAGGAGCAAAGGCGGCCAAGUCCAAAACGAAGCUUAUCUUGACAUUCCUCGGAUUGGAUGAAGUUGAGCCAACGACAAAAAAACCAUACGGUUCCCUAAUAAAAGAUCUGUCCAUGAUCAAAUCAUUUGCAUCAGGGAUUGUUGUACCAAAAGAAUAUAUUUGGCCUGUUGAUAAGGCCAAGGUGUUGCUGCCAGCAACGACCCUCGUGCAAGAUGCUCACAAAGCAGGGCUUUCCGUGUAUGCUUCGAGCUUUGCCAACGAUAGGCUGUGGAGCUACAAUUUUAGCUAUGAUCCCGUGCUAGAGUACGUACACUUCACCGAUAAUUCUGAAUUUUCUGUUGAUGGAGUCUUGUCUGAAUUUCCUUCCACUGCUUCAGAAGCAAUCGGAUGUAUAAAUGUGGACAAGAAGGCUCCCAGGGAAGUACAUACUUUGAUCAUAUCCCACAACGGUGCUAGUGGAGAUAUCCCCGGUUCGACUGAUGCUGCCUACAACAAAGCUGUAGCAGAUGGUGCUGAUGCAAUUGAUUGCUCGGUUCAAAUGUCGAAAGAUGGAGUUGCCUUCUGCUCCGACCGAGCUGAUCUUAUGAAAACAACUAAUGCAGCAGCUAUGUUCAUUGAUAGGUCGAAAAACGUCAAAGAGAUUCAAUCAGCUGAUGGUGUUUUCUCCUUUGAACUCACGUGGAACGAGAUUCAAACUCUUAAGCCCAAAAUCGAGAGUUUCUUCCCGGAUCUUCCUAGAAAUCCUGUAAACAAGAACAACGCCAAGCUUCUGACCCUUCCCGAGUUUUUGGAACUUGCCAAAACAGUGGGAGCACACGGCGUAUUCAUAUCCAUAAGGAAUGCUGCAUUCCUUGCUUCGAAGAAGGGUCUUGACAUAGUCGGUACAGUCUCUUCAGCGCUAAGCCACUCCAAGUUCGAUAAGCAGACACUACACAAGGUUAUGGUCGAAUCAGACGACACAUCAGUGCUGGAUGCGUUCAAAGAUGUGGCGACGUACGAGAGAGUGUUGUACCUCAAGGAUGCCAUAGGUAGCGUACCGGACCAAGCAGUGCAGGAGGUCAAGAAACACGCGAACGCAGUUAACUUGCGCAGAAACUCCAUCACGGUCGCUGAAAACAGCUUCAUCGCCAACUUCACUCAGACCGUCCCAGCCUUCCAUGCUGCUAACAUCUCAGUAUAUGUUGGGUAUCUGAGGAAUGAAUACCAAAACUUGGCCCUCGAUUAUCUGGCUGACCCGUAUGUUGAGAUCGCCACGUUGACCGCCCUACAAGUUGACGGCUUCUUAACAGACUAUCCCUACACUGCAAAUCUGUUUUCCAGAUCAUCGUGUUUAAACGAGCAAUCUCCGUAUGUUAUAAUGCCGGUCCAGCCAGGUAUGAUGUUCCCACAAGAAGGAGUAGCUGAGCCACCUCAGCUCAGCCCGAAGGAUGUGGUUGAUCCACCUCUGCCUCCGGUGGCCAAGGCGCCCUCGCCUCUUCCGGCUGCCACCCCGAACAAACAAACUUCUUCAACUACGAACACAUUAAGAGUUAGUGCUCAGAGCUUAUAUUUUGCUGCACUGGUGCUGCUUCUUACCAUCUAUACAUAGAAAUCUCAUUUUCACUGACACUGAGAAAUAUACAUUCAUACACUAAGAGAAUGUGAGAGUGAGUGAUCUCUGGAGUUAGCCAGAUUGUUGUGAAAUAUUGAUGAUGGUCUAUAAUCAGAAAACAAAUGU